GGUUUCAGGAAGUGCAGAAGUUGUUGUGGAAGAGGUAUCCUGUUUGACAGCUGGCACGGAAAACAGAGCAGGACACCUUGCAGUGCUGUCUAUGAUGGCUGAACCCAGAAUAUCCUCUAUUGAUGGGAAGCUAGCUGAAGAAUUCGCUGCUCCCUCCCACGUCGAGGAGGAAAAAGAGAAGAUGGCUGCUUUUGCCACGCACCACGCAGCGGCGGGUCGUAGGGUGGUCCUCAUCACGUCUGGAGGCACCAAGGUUCCCCUCGAGUCCCGCACUGUUCGCUUCCUCGACAACUUCAGCAGCGGCAGACGCGGAGCUUCCUCUGCAGAGUACUUCAUAGACUCCGGCUAUGCUGUCAUUUUCCUCCACAGGCAUCGCUCCCUCUACCCCUACACCCGCACGUUCUUAACCAUAAACAUGCUGGACGCCCUGCAGUUCAGAGGCGGAGAAGGGGCGGCUGGAGAAGUGGUGGUCAACCAGCAGGUGCUUCCAAACAUUGCCAAAGUGCUGAAGCGAUACGACGAGGUGAAAGACGGCAGGCUUCUUCUGCCCAUUGAGUUCAGCACCCUGUCAGAGUAUCUGCAUCUCCUCAAAGCGGCGGCGCAGGCUCUCAGCGCAAUAGGAUCAAAGGCCAUGUUUUACUUGGCUGCAGCCGUGUCCGAUUUCUACAUCCCAGCGUCCGAGAUGCCUGAGCAUAAAAUCCAGUCUUCUAAUGGGCCUCUUCAGCUCAGCAUGAAGAUGGUCCCUAAGAUACUGUCCCCACUGGUGAAGGACUGGGCACCUCAGGCAUUUGUCACAUCCUUCAAGCUCGAGACAGACGCAACAAUCCUGCUGGAAAAGGCCCGACGGGCUCUGGACACCUACAGGCACCAAGCGGUGGUGGCCAACGUACUGGACUCUAGACGGGGCUACGUGGUGGUGGUGACCCCCGACACUCAGGCUGAGCUGGUGGUCACGGAGGAGGAUGCGAAGAACGAGGUUGAGAUAGAGGAGAGGAUAGUGAGCAACCUGACGUCAGCACACAGCAAGUUCAUCACUCAACAAGUGGGCUGACAGUCACAGUCUCCACGUCUGAGUCAACGAUCCAGCUGCAGGUUGUUGUGUCCGUGCUCUCACCUGAUCCCGAUCCUGGGCUUGACUUCACACCUGCUUCUACUUCUGAUAAGCUGCUGUAUAUUCGGUGUGUUGUAUGGCUGCAUAACCGUGGUAGUAUCUAAAUAUACACACACAAUGCCUUCUGUGUCUUUUCUGUGUUCUAAAAAUGAAUCUCUCAAGAAUAUAUUUGUUUCUGUAUGGGACACAUUCAAGUUAUUGACAGAUUUUAAAUGUUUAUUCACACGGUCCAAGAAUCCGUGGCAGAAAGACAUUUUAUGGUUUUACAAUAAUUACAGUUAAACCUGCGUUACUACGACUAUAAUAAACAUUUAAAAGUAAA